AUGAUCGAGGAGAUGAAUGCUGCACGCGAAACCAGGAACCGCAAAGAAAUGGCUGAGCUCAGGCUACUCGUGAAGUCUUCAAUGGGUGAAGGCAAACAGACUGCUACACCCAGCUCCCACCGAGAGCGCUAUCAGAAGCUCGACGUGAAGCGGCUGCAGACGUUGCCCUUGGUCUUCGGAGAGCCACCGGACUGGGCAUCCCUCUUCGCCGCACACCCACCCCGGCUUGGGUCGACCGAGAGCGGGGUAGUCCAACCCUUUUGGUCGAGCAUCAUCCGUCGUCUUCCAAGAGGCAAGGUCAUCCUUGUGGACAAGCACACUACGACCUCGUUCGGCUCCCGCAAGCCCGACGUCGUGGGCUACCUCGCUGGCCAACCCCAAAGUGUGGCCCAUAUCGCGCUCAUCGGCGAGCUAAAGGGGAGACGCUCGGCUGGCAAGGAUGAUUUCGACGACGAAGAGAAGGGCCAUCUCGAAUCCUUCCUCGAGGAGCUGCUCCUCAACUAUCAGCCCUGGCGCUCGUCGAUGUUUGGGUUCCUCAGCGACGGCGUUUUGAUCCAGUUCUUCAGGCUCGUGGUAAAACCGAAGAAGCAGCUUCACGAAGGGCCUCCGAUGCAACUCGUCGAGGACGGAGCCUGGGGGCUAGCCACUCUGCUCGAGAGCCCAGACUACGAAGGCCUCAAGGUAGAAAUCCGCGGUGCGCCCGUCCACGUGAAGGACUACCUUGGAAGCGGUGGCUCAGCAGUCGUCUUCUCCGGCGAGCUAAACGGAGAGGAGGUCGUCAUCAAGCGGUUUAACGAGAACAGACCAGAGGCUCUGACUCGAGAGUGGAUGAAUUUGGGCGCAGUGAAAACGCUGGGUAGCCUGGUACCGCGCGUUCUGGGCACAGUGGGCGACGUUCUGAUCCUGCAACCGGUUGGAGAUAAGUUUGCAUCAUCAGUUCACUCCAUGGAUGCGCUCGCCAAUCUGGAUGACUUUGUGCAGCUCAUCAACAUCCUCGAGCAAGCCCACAGGAAAUGUGGCCUGGUCCACCGCGACGUCCGCUUGAACAACUUCUUUCGAAUCAAGGGAACCACUCAAGUUUUCCUCAACGAUUGGGGCUCGGCCGCGGCGGCUGGCGUGCUGGCAGACUUCGACGGAGCCCUCCAACACGCGCCCGACGAAAUACUCGACAGCUGGGAGAGAGGUCAUCAGUACAAGCCGGCGUUCUCGCACGACCUGGAGAUGGUGGUGCGGACAGUCUUCCACAGCACCAACACGAUGACCUUCCGCGAGAUCCAGGCCGAGGAGGACGCCAAGACGCUGCGCACGUUCUGGGCUCAUCAUCUUAAGCCCGCCGUGUGGCAGCGCAUGCUAAAGGCAGCGCAAGCGUGCGAGUCCAACGCCUCCUUCCUUCCUCUGCUUCAAGCAGUACUCGUCGCAAUGGUCGUCAACUGA